AGAAAACGCAAAAAACGGACAAGAAAACAUCAUGGUUCUACGGCUAUCUUUCGCUUGUUGGGACUAUGAUCGAAUGAAGGCCAUCGAGGAUGGGCGCGUGCGCCCCGAAGGCAUAGAGCUGACCUUUUUGAAUUACAGGGUGGAAGAAACGUUCUUUCGUCAACUGCGGUUCCAGGAAUUCGACCUGUCCGAGCUCUCCUUGUCCUCGUACGUCCUUACACUAAACCAGGAAAACCCGCCUUUCAUAGCGAUACCUGUCUUCCCAUCGAGGUUUUUCCGCCAUCAGUCCAUGUACAUCAAUUCCAAAGCUGGCAUCUCCAGGCCGCAAGACCUCAGGGGGAAGAAGAUUGGAAUCCCGGAAUAUCAAAUGACGGCGGCAGUAUGGCAACGCGGAAUAAUGGAAGAAGAGUUCGGCGUCCCCAUCAGCAGCGUGCACUUCUUCACCGGCGCAAUCGAGCCGUCGGACAGACCCCGCCACAGCAAGGUCGCGCACACGUACCCACCGGGCGUGACCGUCACGGCCAUCGAGCAGGGCCAGAACCUGUCGCAGAUGCUCGCCGACGGCACCAUCGACGCCAUCUUCAGCGCCACCAAGCCGUCGUCCUUCGACACGUCGCCCGGCACCGUCGCGCGCCUCUUCCCGGACUUCAAGCGCGUCGAGGCAGAGUACCACGCCCGCACCGGCAUCUUCCCCAUCAUGCACGUCGUCGCGCUGCGGCGCGCCGUCUACGAGGCCAACCCGUGGAUCGCAAAGACGCUGACCAAGGCCUUCGCCGAGGCCCUGGACAUGGCGUACGAGCCGCUGCGCGAGCGUGCGGCGCUGCGGUACAUGCUUCCGUGGCUGGAGGAGCAUGUCGAGGAGACCAGGGCGCUGAUGGGAGGGGCCGACCGGUGGUGGCAGGAUGGGUUCGAGGCGAACAAGCAUGUGCUCGAGAAGUUCCUCGAGUACUCGUUCAAUCAGGGGCUGGCGAAGCGGAGAUUCAAGCCUGAGGAGCUUUUUGCUCCAAGUUCUCUGGAAAGUUAUGUUCUGUAA